CCGGCCGCCCCCUGCCAUGUCUGUUUGGACCCAAGAACUUAAUGAAAUUAACGUACACCCUAACUUUUUCCUUCCCCGAGCGUAGAAAUGAUGCCUGUAUUCUCCUCGUCGUCAAUGGAACCGCCAUCGCAACUAGUAGAAGAAGAGCAACUCCCGCCGUACGAACACAUUCAUCAAAACGACUUCUUUCACCGAAAGCAUAAGAAGCAGAAGGAAGAGGAUAUUGCCGUCUGUGUUUGUAAAUAUGAUGCCAGUAAUCCAGAGAGCGCUUGUGGAGAGAGGUGUUUGAAUGUGUUAACAAGCACUGAAUGUACUCCUGGCUUUUGUGCUUGUGGUGUUUUUUGCAGGAAUCAAAGAUUUCAGAAAUGUGAAUAUGCAAAGACGAAGUUGUUUAAAACUGAUGGCCGUGGGUGGGGUCUUUCGGCUGAUGAGAAUAUAAAGGCAGGACAAUUUAUUAUUGAAUACUGUGGAGAAGUGAUAUCAUGUAAAGAAGCAAGGAGAAGGUCCCAUGCCUAUGAAAUUCAAGGUCUGAAGGAUGCAUAUAUCAUUAGUCUCAACACUGCUGAAUCUAUUGAUGCCACUACAAAGGGAAGCCAUGCUAGAUUUAUAAAUCACUCGUGCCAACCAAAUUGUGAGACAAGAAAGUGGAACGUAUUGGGAGAAAUCAGAGUUGGAAUAUUUGCAAAGCAAGAUAUUUCCAUUGGAACUGAACUGGGUUAUGAUUAUAAUUUUGAAUGGUAUGGUGGUGAUAAGGUUCGCUGCCUCUGUGGUGCAGCCACCUGUUCUGGAUUUCUUGGAGCAAAAUCUCGUGGUUUCCAGGAGGAUACUUAUCUCUGGGAAGAUGAUGAUGACAGGUAUUCGGUGGAAAAGAUACCUCUUUAUGAUUCUGCAGAAGAUGAGCCUUUCACCAAGCUUCUCAAAACUAUUGACUCAUCAAAACCUGAAAUUGAUGCCAAUGGGAAAAAUGACUCCACCGUGGCACUGAUUGUUAAUGUUAAAAGUGAACCCCUGUUGGAAUCUACUUCUGUUGUGCAGCCACCAGAAUCAGUUCUGAUGGAAGGUGUGGCUGUAAAUAUUGCACCAAAAACAGAAGAAAGUGAAGAGAUGAAAUUGUAUCCACAAGGUACUCAACAGGCCUUUUCACAAAAGAAUGCAAUGAUAUCUCGUAUCAGAAGUAACAGUGGAUGCCGUAACUAUCAGAUAGGUCCAGGACCGGUGCCAAGGACGAGGUCAAAGCUAUAUUCUAAUGGAAAGUCGAAAAAUCUUGCACAAAAGCAAGUUGAUGCAAAACAUGUUGCCCAACUCUUGGCAUCAAAAGAGGCACAAGAGGAGAUUCUCAGGAAUGAGGAAAUGAAGAGGGAGGCCACCUCCCAGCUCUCGUCCUUGUACAAUGAAAUACGCCCAGCCAUUGAGGAGCAUGAAAGGGACAACCAAGACAGUGUGGCAACAAGCGUAGCUGAGAAAUGGAUAGAAGCUAGCUGCUUGAAAUUGAAGGCAGAGUUUGAUAUGUAUUACUCCAUUAUCAAAAAUGUUGCCUGCACUCCAAAAAGAACAAUUGACCAUGAGAAACCUUGCGACAACAUAGACAAUCCCAAUGAAGUGAAGUCAUUGGGGUUCUGAAACUGUUGGUAACCAUUCUCUUAUAUCCAUUCUACCUCAAUUUAUCAAACAUUUAGAAGUAAGAACUCAUUUAUAGCUCCUUUUAUAGGAUUUUCAACUUCUAGAUUCUAGCACUAAUCAAAUUGACAUCAAUCUCAGAAACAUUACAGAGAUUCUAGAUUCUCUCAAAAUUUCUUUCAAGAUUGUAUUGAUACGGUAACAUUACGGACUUUACAUGUUAAUAACCCUAAUUUCCGUAUAAUUAGGAGGGAUUGUGAUCA